AUGGGGCUUGCCAUCGACGCCGUGGAGCUGAGACUGGGCGGACGUCUGCAGGAAGAGGUGAUUCACAUCGCCGUGGACCUGAUGGGCACCUGCUUCAAGUCCAUCAAGAACUCGGACCUCACGAUGCAGCCCGUGGAGGUGCUCCAAGGCCUGCUGCAGCGAGACGACCUGGAGAUUGACAACGAAGACCAGCUCUUUGACAUCAUCUUGGAGCUCGCCAAGAGCCUGGACAAGGCCGGGAAGCUUUUUCCCAAAGAGCCAGUGUGA